AUUCACCUCUUUAUAUAUCCAGGCUCAUUUCACACCCCCGCCCUCCCUUGUUGACGAUUGCCUCUCUAGAACUUUCUCUUACUAAAAUCUUCCACCAUGUCCGCCGCCGCGCCGGAAAAUCCUCUCCUCCAUCGCCGCCGAAGCUCCGCCACCAUUCCUCCAAAACUCGGGCUAGCUCAUCAAUCGUCGGCAUCAACCAUCACCACACCAACAAAUAAUAUAUUAGGUUCGACUUCAUUGACGAAUUCGGCCAUACUUCCUCGGAAGCGCAGCUUACCUGAUCAAUUAUCGGCAUCAACCAUCACCACAACAACAACAACCACAUCGUCAUCAUCAACAUCGGCUUCGUCUUCAUUGACGAAUUCGAUAGCAGAUGAUUACGAGCUUUUCUCAAUAAAGCCAGUAUCAUAUACUUCCUUAAGAGAUAUCUUACCGCCCUCUUCCAUCAAUUCUCCUGGUUCCGAAAUUUCGAUACGGAAUCGGCUUGUUAAACAAGCCGCCUGGGCUUAUCUUCAGCCGAUGGCGACGUCGCCGGAUUCCUCCAGCCGGAGUUUAUUCGGCUGUAUGUUUUUCCGGUUUCCGGUGAAUAAUCCGGUCGCCGGAGUAAUUGAGUUAUUUGAUAGAUGCAUACUUGCUCCAUUGACUAGAGCUGUUGAUUGGCUUUUACGUGCUAUUUGGAUUCGGAGCUCCAGAUAACAACAAAGGAAAUGACUCAAUAAAAUAGCAGUUCGGUAUAUUAAAGCUCUCGUUAUUCAUGAAAUUUGGUAACCAAGUGUCUCGUUAUGAAGUGGAAUUUGGUAUUCUAAAGCUUUCAUUAUCAAUAAAGUUAAAUUUGUUAUACUAAAACUCUUGUUUUAACGUGGAGUUCGGUAUACUAAAACUUUCGAUAUUCAUGGAGUUUGGUAACCAAAUGUCAUGUUAUGACGUAAAGUUUGGUAAUCAAAUGUCUCAUUAGACGUGGAGGUGGGUUUAUAUUAAAACUCUCGAUAUGCGUGGAGUUUGGUAUAUUAAAACUCUUGUUAUGAUGUGAAGUUCGGUAAUACUAAAACUUUCGUUAUGUAUGAAAUUUGGUAACCAAA